UUUUCGUCACAACACCUCACGUACAGUUGACGCUGUCUCGCGACAAAACAAGCUCCCUCUCACGGCUGGUCGAGGCUGCGGCUGCUUAGCGGUCGCUGAAUGCACGCUUGCUAUCGAUUAAGCCCGCUGUCUUGUAGCGUGAAGGUGCACCGCCGGUUAUAAAAAAAGUGCUGUUCGGGCUCUAUGUUUUAUCGCUAAACUCACAAGAAGCACAACCAUGGGCGUGGAAGUCGAGACGAUAUCCCCCGGUGAUGGACGGACAUUUCCAAAGAAGGGCCAAACUUGUGUUGUUCAUUACAUAGGUAUGCUACAGAAUGGGAAAAAGUUCGACUCCUCUCGAGACAGGAACAAGCUGUUUAAGUUCAAGAUUGGACGAAGUGAGGUUAUUAAGGGAUGGGAGGAAGGAGUAGCACAGAUGAGCCUUGGCCAGAGGGCUAAAAUCACCUGCACACCAGAUAUGGCUUAUGGAGCAACAGGCCACCCUGGGGUCAUCCCACCAAACGCCACGCUCAUUUUCGAUGUGGAGCUGCUCAAGCUCGAGUGACAGCCGCUCACAGUUUGAAGGCUGAUGGAGGCUGCGCUCGCCACAUCCUGUUCCUACAGGGAGACCAUACCCAGUCGCUGCCUUUUACCUUUUAAUCUGCUCCUCUUUCAUUUUGAUUUCUACAGUCUCGUUCAGUUCGGUAUUUAAGUGUUAUUUCUGCUGCUUUAUUGCUAUCUGUUCAUGGUAGAUUCUGCUUGGUGACUUUCACACCCUGCAAGACUUUUACACAUGCACACAUUUUGGUUUCUACUUAUGCUUAUUUGAGUUUCAUCUCAUGUAGAUUUUGUUAGAAAGAAAAAUCUUUAAGCAGACGAAAAUCAGCAUUUGCAUUGGAAUCUAAACUGCCUUAGAAUUUGUACCACAGGGGACGGGUACACACACACGCUCAAGAGACAACAUGUCCUCUCUGUACAUUAUCUGGGCAUUAUAUACCACUGUCGGCAUCGCCACCUGGAUGAAGGCUUGUUCUGCUGAAAACGCUUAAAUCGUUGCUGUUUGGUUUAUUUUAUAACCUAUAAGCACGUUUACUGUACCCUUGACGUUUAAGCCAAUGCUGUACAGCACUUACGAAGAGCCAUUACUACUGCAACAGUUUUCUGACCACUUCUUGAAUAAAAUGGCAUGUACUGUGUUGGAA